CAAGCUCCAAGCACCGAAGCAUCCAAAUCACGAUUCAAGAACCACAUUUUUAAUUCUUUUUCGCAUUUUUUGCUCUUGCUUGGCUUGUGAUCUGCGUUCGGCGGCAAACAAAAAGAAAAUUCUGAGUGUCCGAAAAAAUGCUGUAGAAGCAAUUUCGUAAUUUGUGUAUUCGCCUGCGUACAUUUCACAAACUGCUGGCAAUAAAUUGAAUGUACCAGUGAGCCAUUGAAAAAAUAAGUACUUGAAUAUGGAGAACGAGGAUUCCAAAAUGGAAAGUGAAACAGUUGUGGAGAAUUCUAGUCCAGUAACAGAAAUAGAGGCAAGUAAAGAAACAAAUGUAGAACUCACUGAGGCUGAAUCAGCAUCCUCUGAGAAAUCAACUCAAAAUGGGGCACUGGAACCCAACAAAAUACCUGAGAAUGACGAUAAUCAAACUAAGGAAUCUGCACUUGAACCUGUUGAGGUGACAGAACCUAAAAUAACAGAAAAUGGGGCUCACACCAAAGAGCUUCAAGUAGGUACUCAGAAAAACUCAGAAAAACCUGAAGAAGAAAAACUGGAGCAGGAGCAGGAGAUAGCAAGUAAUAAUACUAUUGAGGAAAACCCCACUCGUGUUACAAGAGGUACAAAAAGAAAAGCCAAUGAUGAAAUAAAUGAGAUUACCAGGGAAGAAGCAAGUAAUAAGAAAAUCCAGCAAAAGGAAAAUCAAAAUGAAAGUUCGCAUCUUACAAAAGAAGAUCUGACAUCAAACUCAUACUCGAACUCAAAUGUAAUGGGCAAAGGAAGAAGAGCUCGAGUUCCUAACAAAAGAUACAGCGAAAUUAUGCUAACACCACCCAAUAAAAAAUCCUCGGUUGCUGCUGCUAAGGUUCCCAUGGAGGAGCCCAUCGAUGAUCCAAUGGAGGCUCCCAUGAUAGCACUUGAAAAGUCUCUAAGUGUAAAAGAUGACCUUCUCGGAGACUUUGCAGGCUUUGAUAGUGCAAUCACUGCUGCUUCAUCAACGAAAAGUAAAGUCACUCAUGAUUUCCAAGAUCCGAAAUAUUUAAAACCAUUCAAAUAUGGAUGGAAAAGAGAACUAGUAUGGAGGUCGACUAAUGUUCGUGAUCAGCUAAGAAUGGGGGACAUUUAUUACUACAACCCUGCUGGCCAAAAGUUGAGAUCUUUCCGUGAAAUCUCCCAGCAUUUGAACAACGAAAAGCUAACCUUGGAUAACUUUUUAUUUUUCAAGGUGCCUUUGGGCGUGAACGAUCCUGAUAAGGAAAUCGUCCGGCAUGCUGGUGAAGGUAGAAAAUCCACAUCCAGUAAAGCUACACCGAGAAAAACUGAUUCUCUAGUCGUAGGUGUAACACCUACAAAUUCUCGCAGCAAAAGAAGCUCAGCUGUGGGAGUAAUUAAUGCAGCUCGGGAAAAAGAAAAAGAGGUAGCAAUACCAAGUAGUCCUAGGAAUAAAAAAAAGGCACCUGCUAAAAGAGGAAGAUCAGCUAAAAAGACUGAUUUAUUGACCAAACCAGAACCUAUGGAAGUUGAUCUUGCACCUACAAAGUCUAGAACUAGCAAACCCUGCCAGCCCUGUUCUAUAAGUUGCGAAGGCCUGCAAGGAAUCGUUCCCAUGUUACAGUGUCACAUGUGCCUAUGUUUGUAUCAUUAUCAGUGCGAAGGACAAAAUACUGAUGAAAUUCCCAAUUAUGUUUGUAAGAACUGUCAAGAUCAAGAAUUAACCCCCAAUUCAGCUAUUGCAUCACCUCCUUCUCUUACACCUGAUGUGAAUUCGCCUUCCUCUUCCCCUACAGCUAAAGUAAAGCGCACUCAGCCUCCUGAAUUUCGUGUUCCUUUACCACCAAUAGUACAAAGACCGAAAAAAGUUAAUUCAAAAGAACCCAGUAUUAGUGAAGUGCCAAUUGUAACUCAAAAACCGCUAGAAAGUUCUAGUUCUUUGGUAGGAGGAUUGACUUCGUAUCAUCCACACAAUGUUCAAAUUGUUAAUAAUGCAGAACCAACUAUAAUGUCCAGGCCACAAAUCAUAGAGUAUAUCAAUGGCAGAAGAUUUAUGAUAAUUCCUAAAUACAACUACAUGUCGGUUAGCUCAAAUACAUCACAUUCUGAUGAUGCUUCAACAAGUUCGGGGCCUAUGAUUUCGUUAGCACCUAGGCAAGAAGUUUCUGAAGUUGAAGGGCCUUCAUCUAGUAAAGGUGGGGAGGAGGAAAUCGAGGAUGAUGUGCAAGCAGUGCCAGAAGAUAGAGAUGACAAUAUGACAAAUGAGACUAGCUUGCGUCAGGGUAAAGACACACUGGAUCAGUCUAAAACUCAAUCACGCAACCAAAAGCCUAAACGCGUUAGUAGCAGUUCAGAAGGCAGAAGCUUACUCAUGGCAAACUAUCUGCAAAAUCUUGCAUUUGGGUAUACCAAUUUGCUAUCGAUUUUCCAGUAUUUAAAAGUACAAGAUCUACUCAGAGCUGGUCGUGCAUGUAAAAUGUGGAGAGAUAUCAGCAGAAAUCCAAUUUUAUGGGAAACUAUCCGAAUGAAAAAUUCAAAAGUGUACAGUUUCGAAGGGCUAUCUAACGCAUUGAAAAGAUAUAACACCGUCAAUUUAGAUUUGAGAAAAAUGUUGUUGCCCAACAAAGGAAACGACAUCUGGCCGGAAUUCUCCAAUUCCAUCGGUGAAGUGCAAACCUUAAAGAAGAUCGAAUUUUGCAGGUGUCCAGCUGCUGUUAUGGAAAAACUUCCAAUUUCGAACCCAAAUCUUGAAAUUAUCAAUUCUGUAAUGAUCAAAUCUGAUAUAAUGAACUUCGAUUCGUUUGCCAAUUUGAAUUACAUCAAAGAAUUAAGAAUCAAAGCAGUAACCAGCAUGACUUUGAAUUCAAUAUUGUCCCUAAAGGAAUUGAAAAACUUGAAAAUACUCGCUCUGACUUCGGUCCUUCAUUUGAAUAGAUUGGAACUCAGUGUCUUAGCUGAACUAACCAAUUUGGAAAGUUUGGACUUGGGAGAAUGCACCGAGUUUCCUGCAACUUUUGGUCAAGACGUUUUAAUCAAACUGGAAAAAUUAGAGAAACUUAGGUUGGAAAAAGGACAAGAUAGCUGUCACACUUUUGAACUUUUGGACACUGUAAAAGACAUGAAAAAUCUCCAACAGUUGGAGCUCAUCAAUUUUGACAUUAAAGCUGGUUUUGACAAGGCGAUUGAAUCGUGUACUCAACUCAAAAAGUUAAUGAUUAUUCCUACAUAUGUUUCUCAAAGUGCGACUACUAAUAAUAUGGUAAUGGCUAGUGCAUUAAGGUUACGAGCAUCCCUGACCCAUUUUGUCUGGGGCGUUACACUGGAACUAAUACGAGUGACCGAACUAUUUGUGGACCAAUGUGACGACAAGAAAAAUAAGAAAGUUACCGGUACUCUCGAUUGUAUACCGGUUCUGAAACCAGUACCGGAUAUAUCCAAGGAUCAAACUAUACAGCCAGCCAGCAAUCCUCCGCAAGUUGAAAUUUUACCUUUGACCAACCUGCAAAAGUUGUUACUGAACAGUUUGCCCACCACAAGGGUGAAAAUAUUGAAAAUACCAUUUCACGCUACCUGGCGGCAAACUUUACAAGAUUCUGCUUACUUGUAAAUUUAUUGCUUUUAUUUGAAGUUUUCUCUAUACAUAUAGGAUUUAUCUAGUAUAUCAACAACAGAUGUUUUUAUUUAUAUUUCAUCAUUUGAAAUGUUUACAUUUAGGAUUAAAAAUGGUUUUUAUUUUUAUUUCUGUUUUUCUGUUUGUCUAUCUCUUGUUUGUUUGUGGGAUUUCAAUGUAUUAUAAAAACAUUAGUAUAUUUUCAUUUAAUAGAUUUUAGGUUUCACUAGUGGUGAAUCUAUUAGCAGAAUAACAUUUUAAUUUUUGGAAAUUUGCAAUGUCUUCUUUCACGUGUUUGAGAUGUUUGCAUGAAGUUGUUUUUUCUAUUUUCGUGCCCUGGGCCUCACAACUGUGAAAUGUAAAGUCGACAUACAUAGUGUAAAUUUUACUUGUUUUUAUAAUUGUAUAUACCAAGUGGUUACAUCUUUUUUUUAGAAGUAGAUUUUUGUUCAAGGCACGUUUUCCCACAAAUAUAAUUGUUUACUAUCCUUAGAAUUUUAUUAGAC